AUGGUUGCGCGUCGCGACUUCCGCCCCGUCACUUCCGCGGCGAUGGCGGCCGCGCGCGGGCAGGCGCUGUCCCCACUCUGGGCGCGCCUGCGGCCCCGUCCCGGGCCCCGCGCCCCGCUCCGCGCCGCCGCCGCCGGCCCCGCACAGCCGCUCUACGAUGUGGUGGUGUCGGGCGGGGGUAUGGUCGGGAGCGCCAUGGCCGCCGCCCUGGGCCAUGAUAUUCACUUUCAUGAUAAGAAGAUUGCCUUGCUGGAGGCUGGUCCUAGGAAAGAAUAUGAUCACAUGCCAGAUAGUUACAGUAACAGGGUCAGUUCCAUCUCCCCAGGAUCAGCAACCCUCCUAAGCAGUUUUGGUGCCUGGGAUCAUGUCUGCAGCCUGAGACUCAAACCAUUCCGGCGAAUGCAGGUGUGGGAUGCUUGUUCUGAAGCCAUGAUCAUUUUUGAGAAAGAUGACUUAGAUGACAUGGGUUACAUAGUGGAGAAUGAUGUCAUUAUGUCUGCUCUCACAAAACAGUUAGAUGCAGUAGCAGACCGGGUGGAGGUUUUCUACAGGAGCAGAGCAGUCGGGUAUACGUGGCCCCUUCCCUCCCACAGCUGUGACACAAGCCCUUGGGUCCAAAUUCAGUUAGCUGAUGGACGCAGACUUCAGACCAAGCUGCUGAUUGGUGCAGAUGGUCAUAACUCUGUAGUCCGGAAGGAAGCUGAAAUUAAGAACAUUGAGCAUCAGUAUGACCAGUCAGCUGUGGUGGCAACACUCCAUUUAUCUGAGGCCACAGACAAUAAUGUAGCAUGGCAGAGGUUCCUUCCCACUGGGCCAAUUGCACUUCUUCCGCUGUCUGAUACUGCCAGCUCUCUGGUCUGGUCUACAUCUCAUGAACAUGCAUCGGAACUUCUCGCUAUGGAUGAGGAAAGUUUUGUGGAUAGCAUCAACUCUGCCUUUUGGAGCAACAUAAACCACUCUGACUUCAUUGACACUGCUGGGGCCAUGUUUCGAUCUGCUAUUUCACUCCUGAAGCCCUCAGGGACUGCAGUCCGUCAGCUGCCCCCAAGUGUUGCUAAAGUAGAUCCAGAGAGCCGAGCCAUGUUCCCUCUUGGAAUGGGGCAUGCGACAGAGUAUGUCCAGCACCGCGUGGCUCUCAUUGGGGAUGCAGCACACAGAGUCCACCCACUUGCAGGACAAGGUGUAAACCUCGGCUUUGGUGAUAUUGCAUGUUUAGCUCAUCACCUCAGUGCAGCAGCCUUCAAUGGGAGUGAUCUGGGCUCCUUAAAACAUCUCCUGAAGUUUGAAACAGAACGUCAGAGGCACAAUGUCUCCUUGAUAGCUGCUACUGAUUUGCUAAAGAGACUCUACUCCACGAGGCUGGCUCCCCUGGUGUUGCUGAGGACAUGGGGAUUGCAAGCAACGAAUGCCCUGCCUCCUGUCAAAGAGCAGAUCAUGGCUUUUGCCAGCAAGUGAUCUGUUGGCAGUCUGGAACAGCAGCUUGCCCGUGAAUGCAUUGCCCUUAAAAGGACUGUGACUGACUUGAAUCACUGAAUUGUGUUAUUUUAUAAUUUAACAAUAAAACUGAGGGAUUGAGCUGUGUAUUACAUCA